AUGCAACAACAGGAUAAACAAGAAGAAUUGGAAGAGGAUCAACGUGGAAUAACGAUAAUGCCGUCAUCUUCUUCCUCGUCUAACACGACGACUAUCGCUAUGACGGAAGAGGAUCAUCGGCAAGUAGAUGCUGCUGCUACCAGUAUCGCUUUAGAAUCGAGUUUACCGAAUUUCACGCUUCACAGCGUUGCCCUCGGUCUACAGAGUGCAAUAUUGGCUGCCCUACAAAGGGCAGCCUUGUUACCACCCGAUCAUGCCGCGGUCGCUGCUUUGAAUCUUCAAGCACUCGAUACCUAUCUCACCCUUCAUCGUCUUCAAGCAAGCGGUGCUGUUCCUACGGCCGGUGUUAAUCAACAAAGAUGUUCACCGUCGUUAACCACAGAUUUGGUUGAUGAAACCAACGUCCUCCCGACAACGACCAACUCGACUAAUUCGAGAACCAUAACGACGAUGGUUGAUACUUCGAAAAAUGAUCAUCAUCAUCAUCAUCAUCAUCAUCAUCAACAGCAACAACUAGAAACCGAGCAACUUCUUCGAUCGAUCGACGAGGACGAAGACGGUGCUCGUUUGGAAUUCGUCGCGGAUCCGGAAGAAGAUUUGGCCCUCCUAGAAGAAGAGGAAUCCAUUUUAAGGGACACCGGAGCUGUCCCUAAUACGACGAACACCACCACCACCUCGUCUUCCUCACACUGUUCGUCAACAUCCUCGAUUUCUAAUAAUUCUUCUUCUACUACUUCUUCCAAUUCCUCAAAUAAUACCAAUCCUUCUCUACAAACAAAUUCAACCACCGUAGAUUCUGGUAUACAAAAAUCUUGUCGAGCGUCGAGACCGAAAAAACAAUUUAUCUGCAAGUUUUGUAGCCGACAAUUCACCAAGAGUUAUAACCUAUUGAUACACGAGAGAACCCACACAGACGAGCGACCAUACUCGUGCGAUAUUUGCGGCAAAGCUUUCCGACGGCAAGACCAUCUUCGUGAUCAUAGGUAUAUUCACAGUAAAGAAAAACCAUUCAAGUGCGCCGAAUGCGGCAAAGGAUUUUGCCAGAGCAGAACAUUGGCCGUUCACAAGAUUCUACACAUGGAAGAAUCACCCCAUAAGUGUCCGGUUUGCGCUAGAAGUUUCAAUCAAAGGAGUAAUUUGAAGACACACCUGUUAACGCAUACGGAUAUCAAACCUUAUCACUGUGCCUCCUGUGGCAAGGUCUUUCGAAGAAAUUGCGAUCUAAGGCGACACUCUUUGACCCAUAAUCUUGGCGUAUCAACGUCACCACCACCGCCAACUGGUGGGGGAGGAGGAGGAAUAGCUGUACCUGGCACGAGCACCGUUGUUCUUCAAAAGACGUCCUAG